GCAAUCGAUGGGGAGGUAAGAGUUUUCAUCGUCUCCGGCGAAGUUUCCGGCAAUAACAUCGGCUCUCGUCUUAUGGCUUCGCUCAAAAUGCUAUCUCCUUUACCUCUCCGUUUCCAUGGAGUUGGAGGCAAACUCCACGGUCAUUUCGAUUCUACCAGGGAGCAGAUUACAAGAAAUCGCAAGAAUGCUACCAAUAUUUUCCAAAGCAAUGAAAUGAAUCUACUCAAAGACUCGUUCCAAAAUCUAGUAACGCUCAUACACGUCACAUCUAAUAGUCAAGUGGAUCAUCACAUUGGAGAAUCCCUCUGUGAAUGGCCGGUUCCAGUCAUGCUAGUCCCUACUGGAUCCACUCAGCUUAAAUAUGAUGCAUUUGCCGCGAGUCAACCUGCGUUUGAGUUGCAGCUUGCUCAAUUACCUUCCCUUGUCGCAUACCAAGCACAUUUUCUAACGGAGCUAUUGAUCCGUUACAAAGCCAAGCUACCUUACAUAUAUCUCCCAAACAUUCUCCUGGACUCACCAAUCAUCCCUUGAAGCCUUGUUCCAAGCCUGCAACCCUUCGAAUCUCGCCUCGAUACUCGAGAGACUUCUCUUGGAUGAAAAGAUGAGAGAAAAGCAAGUUGUUGCUGCUGAAAAGUUGAUACGCCUCUUGAAUCCAUCAGAAAGCAGAAUGAGAAACUCGAUUCGUUGCAGUGAUUUUGAAUAUACACCAAGCUAUUUAGCAGCUUCAACUAGCAGCUUCAACUAUUCUAAGUUAUGCUAAGCGUUGAAGCUUAAUUGAGAAGAAUGAUCCUUGCUUCCAACGCUAACGUUUUAGGUCAUUACAUUGUCAUUGCUUGUUGUUUCGGUAGUCCAUCCUUCAAUUCAAAGGACCCUCCCUUGCUAAAUAUUUUCACCAGCUUAUGUCAUUACUGUUGUCUUAUCUUAUUAUAAAAAUAAUUAUAUGAAUAAAUAUGCU